CCACAAUCCCCAGCUAUUGUUGUGACGACUUCUGUCCGCUUUGCGAUUACAUUACCCACAAUCCUCAGGUACCGUCGUAAAGACGGCAUACCUUUGCACUUUACGUGACCAAACCUGGAUGAGAGAGUCGCAGUUCUUCAGAAUCAAGAUCCUGCAAUUUGUUCUCCAAAAAACAACCCUUUGUUUUUCCAAACUCCAAACAACCCAAAGGCACUUUUAAGAGCCAAGUCUGUCUUGUUAAACUGUCCUUGCUGUGUUGUACUUGAUAGUCUAUUCCUAUCUCUCUAUUUCUUUCUCUGUCUAACUCUGUUGUCAGUCUUUCUUCUGUGUCUCUGUCUGUGUCUCUUCACUAUAAUGAGUGAUUCUGAUCUUGAGGAUCUCCUGAGAAGCGCAGAUGAGCUGGUUGAGCAGAAAGAGUUAAGGGAUGACCUACGGAGUGCUGAUGAUUUGCUUUGUAAAGUGGAAGCAGCAGCAGCAGCAGCAGCAGCAGCAGCAGCAGCAGCAGCAGCAGCAGCAGCAGCAGCAGCAACAGCAGUGCCAGCAGUGUCAAUGAUGUGCUGGAAGAAGAGAGACAGUGAGGGAAACUUGAUCUUUGCAAGACCACGUUCAACCCGGAAUGUCUCAAAUCAGGCUGGCUGCAGUCGUAACACUGAUCCCCCCGUUGAUGCUCCUGACCCUGACUGUGAUCUGAUCUUUGCUCCAGCUAUCGCUCCAGAGACUGUUGAGGGGUUUCUACGAGAUCUCCAGCAGUCUCUGAGCGAUACUACAGGAGAUGAGGUGGUAGCACAAACCCCAAGUGCUUCUCUGCUGGCAUCGACCAACUGGAGCACUCGAAAAAGGUUUUUUUCAGAGAGCUGGAGGGCAGCGAGACCACAUCUGGUUAACACCGUAGUGGCCCAAGCAAAUGUGGGAACACACAUUUGCCAACAGUGUUGGAGCAAAACGUCUGUUGUCCGGUGCCGGGAUUGCCGACCACAUCCCUUCUUCUGUGCUGACUGUGAUGUCAGCAUGCACACCAGACACCCCCUCUACAACAGAGAUGCUACUACUGCAGGUUACUUCCAGCCAUUGGCCCCAACAACACAUGUACUAAAUAUGGCCCUUUGCUCCUGUGUGCGGUUUGUACCUGUGGAGAUCCCGGACUAAAUCUGUGGUUGUGCAUCAGAGUCAUUGAGCCUCAAGCCAGGAAAGACUGUGACUGUGAUCACAAUGAAUGGACGACAUGAGCUAAGCAUGCCAGA